AUGUUGGACCCAGAUAUUUCAAAUGCUUUAGCUGCCAAAUAUAUUGCAGUUCCACUUAUGUUCCCUAUACACCAAAUAUCUGUCAAAGACUUUGCAGGUGAAGUUGGAAACCAAAGUGCUGACCCAGGUGCAAGAACAGAUAUUGCUUUAACAACUGCAAUGAAACAUGCAGAUACUAUGUUUGUACUGUUCAGACGAACUAUAAAUGACUAUUCUUGUUUCUACAACCCCGGUAUUAAAUAUCAUAUAAACAUAGAUGGCAAAUAUUAUCCAAGAGAAGAAUAUUCUACAGUUGAGGAUAUGAGGUCAUACAACUUGACAUUAGAUGCUAUGAACUUUAACAACAACUUCACAACAACCAUAAACCCUGAAAUGCAAAGUUCUAUUAUGCCAUAUGUGAAAGUAUGGACUCAUACAGGAGGUCAAAAAACUCAAUAUACAAAUGGAGACCGUUCAAACUUUUGGCUUGGCAUUCCAUUUGCUGACUCAGAAGACUUUAUGGGUGGUAUUUCAACUGUUGGUACUGUACAAAUACAAUAUACUGGUGACAGAGACGGUCCAGAUGAACUGAGAGCAAAGAAGUUUACAAAACCAAUAGCACUUUUCACGGAAGAUGCUCUU